GAUUUAAGACAAAUUCGUCGCGAGAUAAUUCGGAUCGGCAUCGUGGAGCAGUCGAAUAUAAACGGGAGCCGUGAGUGAUCGUGCAGAUAAACAAUGGAUGACAAAGAAGCUUUCGACGAUAUGGUGGUGGCAACCACAAAUACGUUGCCGGUAGCCUUACCGGCUGAACUGCCAGAGAUCAAAUUGUUCGGACGUUGGAAUUGCGACGACGUACAAGUAAACGACAUGUCUCUGCAGGAUUACAUCGCAGUUAAAGAAAAAAAUGCUAAGUACCUUCCACAUUCAGCAGGGCGUUACGCGGCAAAGCGUUUCAGAAAAGCCCAGUGUCCUAUUGUGGAACGUCUUACGAACUCUCUCAUGAUGCACGGCAGAAAUAAUGGAAAGAAAUUAAUGGCUGUGCGAAUUGUUAAACACGCCUUCGAAAUCAUUCACCUUCUCACUGGCGAGAACCCUCUGCAGGUUCUCGUCACAGCCAUUAUCAACUCUGGCCCAAGAGAAGACUCCACGCGUAUUGGACGCGCUGGUACUGUAAGGCGACAGGCCGUGGACGUAUCCCCGUUACGUCGUGUUAAUCAAGCUAUUUGGUUGUUAUGUACUGGCGCGCGAGAAGCUGCAUUCCGCAACAUUAAAACGAUUGGCGAGUGUCUAGCCGACGAACUUAUUAACGCCGCUAAGGGUUCAUCGAAUUCAUACGCGAUCAAGAAGAAAGAUGAAUUGGAACGCGUUGCCAAGUCCAACCGAUAAAUAACUUUAUACAUGCGGAAAAAAUAAAUAAACGUUCUAUCUUUAAA